AUGGGCCUCAACGGUCACUAUCGAUCUGUCUCCGCCAACGACGAGUCCUUCCCUUUGGCUCCUCCUGAUAAAGAAGGACACAAGAGGUCAGGCUGGGGAAAACAAUCCAUCCUCCUCUCACUUGCAACCGGCACGCUCUUCAUUGCAGUCAUUGCAGCCGUCCUUUCUACCGUCGGCUCCGCCGUCGUCUCAUACAAGUCCAGCGGAACUUCGGAUGCCGCAUCGACUGCAACAAAUACCGCCGCCGCGUCCACCGCCACUUCAGCACUGCUAGAAGACGUUUCCAAGGCGCAAGAAGCCGAGAUCCAGGACUGCGGCGGCAACCCCGAGGAAGCCCGCGCGAAAGGAUGCGUUUUUGACGUGAUGAUGCAGGACUGGAUGCCUGCAGACUGCUACGACGAGGGCCUUUCAGAACGCUUCCUCGCGGAGGGCAACUGGACCUGGUACGCAGACACUUCGGCCGAAAAUACCUACACUCUUGAUGAAAUGAGGAAAGGAGAACACGGUGCGGUCUAUGUGGCUCAAGAAUACCAUAUUACUCACUGCAUCUACGCCUGGGAAACGCUGGUUCGUGCUAUGAGAAAUCAACGCCCCUUGAUCACUGAACUGAUCUCUUACGAUCACGUCAUUCACUGCCGUCACAAGACCCUCCAGAGAGCCGACGGUGGUUCAGCAAUUCGUGGUGUCAGAGCCCCUGUCGCAUAUACGAAGUGCGCUCCGUAUGACGUCUGGAAGAACCACCUCCCUGAGAAUUCCCAUUCAACGACGGAUUAA